AAUGUCUAAUGGAUAACAAGUGAUAAAAUAUAUUUUAAUUGGAUCAAAUAGGGUUGGGAAGUCUUCAUUUAUGUAAAGAUUUUGUGACAAUAAUUUUAACUUGAAUUAUGAAGAAAGUAAAGGAGUUGAUUUUAAAUCUAAAAUGUAUGAUGAUGGUAAAUAUAAACUUUGCAUCUUUGACACAGUACACAAUAUUAAAAUGUAAAUUAAUAGCCUGGAGAUAUAAAAUUGAGAUUUGCUUCUUAUGGAUUUUAUAAGUUUGCUUUUGGUUUUAUUUUGAUUUUCGAUCUCACUAGGUAAAGUUCUUAGUGAAAUAUUAGACCUUAAACAUUAAAGGAUUUGAGAGAUGAUUUUAGUUAGAUUGCAUCUCAGUCCUCCUAAUGUAUAAUUAAAAUUUUAUUAUAUAGAUGCAUAAUUAAUAUUAGUUGGAAACAAAUCGGAUUCAGAAGAUAUAAAUGAUUACAGAGAAAUUUAGGAAGAAGCAUAGAAAAUGGCAAAUGAAUUACAUAUUACAUAUUAUGAAAUUUCUUGUUUGACUGGAUAAAAUGUUGAUUUAGUAAUUGAAGAUUUGACAAAAAGAGUAUUAGUUUAAAUGGGGAAUGGACAUUUAGGUAAGAGGCCUGGUGAUUAAGUAUAAAAUCGUCAUAAAGAUGAAAAUAUUAAACAUGAAGGUGGAUGUUGUUGUUAAAUUUUUUGAA